AUGUCUAAUUCAAGUUGUGCCGAUGAAGAUCUUAUUAUAAGAUUUGAUAGUCUCAAUCAAAAAGCAGCUCAGUUUGUCUAUCUUUUGGCUAUUAUUCUUACAUUUAUUACAACAUACUUUGCCGUGAAAAUACUUUUCACUCAAUCAUUUUUCGAAAUAUCUACCAAAAUCCUGUUGGUCCAAAACUUAUUCUACGCUAAUCUGUAUCAAUUUUUCCAUGGAAUCGAAGCCGUCCGUAUGCUAUACAAAAGCUUUUUUAUGAUUAAUGAUCCCUGCAAUUUUAUGGAACCUGAAAUUGAAUGUGUGUUUUAUUACAAAAUAAUUUUAAUGGGUUCAAGUGGAAUGGUCUACGGACAAACUGGUUUACUCAUCGAAAGACUUUGUGCUACUUUUUCGAAAGAUUACAAGAAAAAACAAAGUGCAAUUAAAUGUGCUGUUAUUUCAAUACUUGUUCUGAUAUGUAGUUCUUCAACAGGAAGACUGAUUGUAUGGGAUGAUCCCAUUGAUAAAUAUAAUUUUGCAUGCUAUAUUCCACCAAAAGAAAGUUAUAUUAGGGCAAAUCAUUAUUUUACAAUGUGUGCUGUCCUGUCGACUAUUAACUUUUGUAUUUCUACAUUUAUUUUGAAAUACAAUAAACGAUGCGAGUACCAAACUCGUUUCAAAGUUGGUGCUCGUUUUCAAAAGCAAGAACUGAUAGAAUCAACAAAAGCCAUUUGUUUCUUAACGGUUUCUCAAUUUGUGGCAGUUUUUCUUAAUUCAUUCGGAAUGAUUGUUCUCGUAUAUAUACAGGAAAGUAUUUCUCAUCGAAUAUUCAAUUUGUUGGUUGUAUGGCUUUAUGCGUUUCCUAUUGUUGUUUUGAUGUUUCCUGUUAUAUUAGUUCAUCAAAUUCGUAGCAGUCGAUGGCGCAGAGCUUUAAAAAUUAAAGUUAUAAAGAAUGAGAAGCAGACGCAGGAUGAUCAUAUGAAGCAUAUGAAGAAUAUGUGGAUUUAA